UUCUCCAACCUCUAGGCCACGGUUGCCCCCAAUAUGCUCAUUUCUGAUGACUGAUGGAAUGUAACUCUUAAAAGUUCUGGAACUCCUGUGCUAUGAUGUCUCCUCUACAUAGAACUGAUGUUUCACAGUGAAAACAUUCCGCUGUAGUCUCAUUAGGUGUUCCUUUGAUCCCCACACAACAGUUUGUACUACGAUCUCGAGCAGAUUCGAAGCAAUCACACAACGUUUCCGACAGAGCAACUCAUACGAAGUUUUGACGACACCAUUCUUCCGAAAUAUUCAUUUUUCUGCAACCAGCAGCUUCCUUGAAUUCAGUUACAAUGGACAGAGGAGAUGGACCACACAUCGGUGCUAACCACAAUGCUCCUGACCUCGUUAUGCCAGACUUAGGAGACGGACCCCACAUUGUCCCUAACCAUGCUGGACCAGUAAAUAUCCCACUGCAGGAAGUACUGCAGGCCAUUGAACAAGAUGAGCGACUUGACGCUGGAAUGAUUCACUGGCUGCAGUUUGUCUUCAUCAAUGGACUUGAGGACGAAGCCAUUGCUUUGCUGAGGCAACUUAGGAAUGAACAGGAGGGCAACAAUAUUGUCAACAAUUUUGACAAUAAUGAUGAUGACAUUGACGAACAAGCUGAAGAAGAUGAAGAUGACCAACAAGUUGAAGAUGCUCCUGCUGAGCCUCAAGUUAACUUGGAAGUCAACCAUCCUGUGGAAGCAGAAGAUCCCCUGCCUGGAGGAUCCAGGAGGAUUGAACCUCCUGAUGCCAUCUCUGACAGUGACCUCGACAGUGAUGCUGAGGAAGAAGAACCCUCCAGCAGCUCAGUGCCUGGAGGAUCAAGGAAGCGGUCAAGAGAGGAAGAUGAAGGAGAUAAGACAAGCAGGAAACGAUUCAGGUGCUGGAAUGAUGCCAUCUCAGACAGUGACACUGACAGUGACACUGACAGCGACGCUGACAGCGACACUGACAGCGACACUGACAGCGACACUGACGAUGAAGAACCAGUGUUAGCACACUCCUCUAACCAACUUUCUGGAGGAACCAGCAAGAGGAGAAGAGAGGAGGAGGAUGAUGACGACAGCAGAGGCAGCAAGCAAUCCAAACGCAGACGCUAUUAGACAUUAUAGCAAAAUAAAAAUAUAAAAUAAAAAUGAAAAUGAAAUGUAGUGGAGUAAAGGUAUGAAAUGUAAAGCAUAAGCAUAAGUUGUAUAUAGUAAAUUUAUAAGGAUAAAUUUGACUCAAACUGAAUGAAAUAUUACUCCGAUAAAUAUAAUGGAGUAAAAUUUACUGUUAAUUUUUCAGAUUUCUACUCUAUUCAGUGUUU